AUGCCCACCACACUCUCUCCGGCCUUCUUUCCCCACAUUUUUGAGGACAUACUCCGUCUUACAGACCGCCCAACGCUUCUAGCUGCCCGCCUUGUAUCGACAGCCAUGUGUGACUCGGCGAACCGUUUGCUUAGCAGCGAUUACCUCAUCCUUGAAACCUACGCGAUGGAAAACCACAUCGAGCUCCUUGCAUUCUCAGACGGAUCCCCAUCCGAGGAUUGUAUCUCUUCCUGUCGGACUGUUCCUUACUUCCACCCCACAGCCAACCUGACAGCUCAGUAUCAGGCAGUCAACCGGGCAAGAAUCCUACGCCUCUUUAUCAACUGCAACUUCGCCAGGCGUCGCCUAAACAGCCUUCUGCAGCAGGUCCAUCCAUCGUGCGAAGUUGAGCUUUGGUGCGACACUCUUCACGACCUCUCCUUUGCCACCGACAUCUGCCUCCCUGCUUGCGCAACACUCAGCCUUCAAAGCUCGAUGAGCUGUUCUUGUAGUGGCCGCGUGCCUCCAGAAAGCACAGCCGUCGAGGCUCCCGGUGUCCUGCGGCACAAUGCCUCUCGAGUGAGGCUCUAUGUGGAAAGCGAGUCUGUUACAGACACAACCUCCUCGACUGUAUGUUACCGCUGUCCGCUGGUCGCAGGAGCCGUCAAUGGCGGAGUCACCCAUCUGACAGUAUCUGGAAACGUCUGUGCACUGCCCAGGCACUUUCAGAAUGUCAACGUGAAUAGCAGUCCAGAUCUUCAGAUCCUGAUUGAGGGUGAUGGUGGACUUGGCCCCGCAGCUGUGAACUCCCUUCGCCAGGCGACAGCGCAACAUUUCAAGAUACCAGUGGAGCAGGUGCAGUAUACCUUUGAUUGCUCCAGAGUCCAUUAG